ACUCAAUUUUAAGAUGUUGUUAAGUAUUGUAGUGUCCCCGCCUUGUCGUGGCUUAGUAGCCGUGGCUUUGUCACCCGCGGCGAACAAAGUGGAACCCACAUGGCUAGCCAGUGGUGUAGGACCGGCGCGAUGGCCACUCCGAGUGGGCUUGGCGAGCCCACUUCAGAUGUGUAUCGGCGGACUGCGGCGAGAGGGGUGCUCUCUCCCCCUAUCGCGGCAGCCGAGGUGGAGUCGCGGAAGAAAACGAGUGGACUCUGACGGGGCCGCAUCGUUGAUGCGGUGGUGGUAGGGCCGCGUGGAUAAUGGAAGUGAGAAUCUUUAUACAACAUGUGAAAAACCCAACAGGGUUCCCGUGAAGUGCUGUAAUCAGUAUACAAAAGUAUAGAAAUAACUUUGCUUCAGGAAACUCGACAAUAAAUAGCUAUUAAUUUAAUUUUUAUUUGCAAUUUGUUUGCGAUUUUAUUAUAUCCAACUGACACGCGCAUCGGUAAAGCGAGGUCUUCGACAAUAUUCUUACUACAAUAAUAAAAUCAAAUACAAUUAGCAUAUAAAUAAAAAAAACAGAGGCAGCCAUGCUUAUACAAUAUCCAUGUACACAGGCCGCUAUACUACGCGUAGACAUUCUCGUGACGUCACGAGCAUGUCGAGGUCAUCGGUGACGCGAACCCAUAAGUUUUUCCCCUACCAAAAAUCGCUCAACGCGGCUGAAGAAAAUUUCACUUGAAAAAUAUUUACAUUUAUUCUGAUUUUUUAUGGUCGAGUUUUCUGAAGUAACGUUAUUUCUAUACGUUUGAAUACUGAUUCUGAUAACGCACUUGACGGGAACCACAGCGUUUUUGUUACAUCAUGUUGUAUAUAAAAUUCCGACGUGCGUGUGUUAGUAAUCCUUCUCCCGCUAAACGGCUUGGCCGAUUUAUAUGGAAUUUUUAUGAGGUGUUCAUCUAUUAAUAAUAACACAUGCAGCAUACUCCGCAGUUUUACUAACAGCAAACAUAGAAGACGUGAGAAAGAUAGCAAGAAAAUUUGUCCCAGCUUCAGUAGCAGAUCAGCUAACUCAGUUCAUUGCAGAAGCAAGCGUUAUCAAAUCAUCAAAUAUCUCCGCAGAGAAUAAACGAAACGAACAAAACGUCUUAAAUCAGGAAUGGAACACGUAUCAUAAUCCACCAAAAGACUCAUACUCGAGUAGUGAUGAAAAAAUUGAAAUAAUUAAAGGCAAUAAUAAUCGUGAUUCUGUUAAUGAAGAUUCUUCAAUUUCAUAUGAAUCAAGAACCGAAAACAAGGCGACAGGAAGUAUAUAUUUUCGUAAAGGAAAACACCGAGACAUCGAUUUAAAUAAACCAAAGAGGGAAAAAGAUCUCGGUUACGAAUAUGGUCAUAUACAAGAAAAUUUGAAGACUCCGAAAUUUGAAUGGAAGAAGGCGAAAAACUAUGACAUCUUUUCGUCAUAUAAUACAAAAAUCUAUCUUAGUAAUCAAAAUCCAUAUUUGUAUAAUUCUCAAACAUUUCCAAUUGAAGACAAGGGAAAUUUUGAAAUAGGUAACGAUAAUGAAACGUAUUCAUUUGAAAAACAUGACAAACCAUUAGAAUCACUUUAUGAAAAACCGCAAAUAAAUAUUGAACAAUCUAUAAAGGAAAUUAAUAUUUCGGUGGAAAAUCCAUUAGAAAUGGAUACACUUAAGUAUACUAAUAUGGAAAAAACAGGUUCAACGAAAUUUGACAAUUUUUAUAGUAUAUUCAAAACAACAAAAACCCAGACCAAAGAUAAUAAUCCGAUUGAAAACUCUAAUUAUUCUAAAGACGACAUUUUAGCCACCAGUGAGCGAGCCGAACUUUUUAGGCCUUCUACUAAACUUAUAGAUUCAUCGGGAGAAAAUUCAUUAAAUAAUGAAAAUAAAAAUUAUUUACAAAUACAUGAAAACGACACCAAUGACGAAUUAGAUUUUAAAAACCAUUUAAAAGGAAUAGUAAACGAAAUUGACGACGAAGAAAGCCCUCGUAUUCAGUAUAGAGCUACAGAUGAUUUGAAGAAUGACAAAAAUAUUACUGAAUUAAAAUCAAACGAUAAAAAGUCAGCACCAGAUACUAAUUAUAGCUAUAUUGAAGAAGAUGAUGAAUAUGAAUUAUUAUCCAAAAAGUAUAGUUAUAGUGAAAUGGAGGAGGACCUUGAAAAUAAUUAUUUAGACAAAGUCAAUGAAGAUACAACAAAGAAAAUAAAUCCCAAAAGAGUCUUAGUAAAAGGCAAUAAAGAAAUAAAAGAUCAAGAUACAGAUAUAUAGAUGCUGAAAAAAUAAGUGCUAAAUUAAUAUAAAAAAAAAUUAAAUUAUUCUAUAUUACUUUUUUAUUUUUAUGCAUCUGAAAAUAAUAAUAAAUAAACAUACGUGAGUGUCGUGGAACACUCGGUUGGAACGAAGAUCCUUUCGUAGUACAUUAUUAUUGAUAAACGUAUUAUAUCUUUGAUUAAUAAAUACAAAUAAAUGAAUUACUAGCGUCUAUUAACAUGAUGCGUCAUUU